CCCGGGGCUGACUUCGUGUUGUUGACCAUCCAUGCAGGCCCCGCACGAGGCUGAAACGCCAUGAUCUAUUAAAUACUACGUGCGGCUCCCGUACCCUCCUUUGGUUCGCAUCAAUAUCCGAAUAUUCAAACAAAAUGGUCUCGAUCACGCUUGAAGGACUUCGAACCGCAGGAAAGGAGGAAUCCGAGAGUGCAACACUCGAUGUGCCUGCAGAGACCGAGUUGGCCAGCCUUCCUUCGCUAGCUCCAGGAUACCUUGAACCUGAUCGUUUCAGCCGGAUAAAGGAAAAUGGCACCGAGGGCAGCACGUUCAACCUCGGGGAUUCCUAUCUCUUGAAUCACCCUACUGAGAACAUCGAGGUUUUCACCGACCGUCCGUCCAAUUUCAGUCAGCGAUGCAUCAACGUUGACGAUACCUUGCUCCAUUUUGUCAACCUCGAAAAGGGCAGCCAGCCGUUGACGGCCAAACUCAAUGGCAAAGGAUUAGGGCAGAUCUCAAGUAUAGUGAUUGAUGGCCAGUUGGAAAUCACCUUCCAUCGCACACUGCGCAUGCCUGACGAUGUGAAGACCCAUCCUUUGCCGGCUUCACGCGGCACUUUUCCACUCUACAAUGUCGACGCGUUCGCAUCCAGAUUGCCGGAGAAGAUAUCGCAGCGGGGCGGGCUUUUCUUUCCCAUGUGGCAGCGAGAAGCCCUCUGGUUCAACUUCCAAAACAAUAGCAAGACUACCCGAUAUGCAAUCCGAGUUAACAUCGGCCAUAUCAACGCUAUAAGCGGCCUUGAUAUUUUUGAGGCUGCUGAGAAGCAAGAUUACAUUGUCGUUCCAGGUCAGAAGUGGCUUGAUGGAAUCGCCGUUAGUCCUGGGGUCGUGCGCCAGUUUGUGGCCAUGCCUCUUGGAUCUGGCUAUACCGUUGAAGGGCAAGUUAGCGGAAAGGAGACUUUUGGCGGGAUCCAGAUAGAGGUCAUUCCGUCGUAUGAAUGCAAUUCUUACACGUUCAAGCGCCUAGAUGAGCACGCAAAACAUGUCGAUAUGGCUGAGAAUAGUACACCGCGCAGUUUUGGGCUUAAGAAUGGAGAUAUGAUCAAAAAGGCACCCGUCCCAUCGACAUUCCGUGGGCUAGCAAGGAUUUGCGAUCUUCUCGAUGACGGAGAGAGCUUGGAGGGAAUAAAAACGCUCCGUCUAAAGGCCGGCUACUAUAGCCCUAGCGACUUAGGCGACUCGGUUAUAUCAGUUAGGCGAGGCGACUCAGGGGUGUUUCGGGACUAUUUUGAUUCCGUCGUCUCUGCUAACUCAUUAACUGGUGAUGAUCUACCAGACCUGGGGUACGACUUUACCGGGAGCAUCUGGAGUUAUGGACACCGAAAUCUCAGUCGGGAACGGAGUUACAGUCGCCAACGUCCACAGCAAAUGGGAAUCGCAGCAGGUGGAAAGCUUGUACAAGACAUCGUUCAGGACACAUCACCCCACUACAUUUGGAACAAAGCAAGGGCGAGAUUACUCGACAUCCACAUCUUCCAUCCUUCCUAUUUCGAGGCCGUUACACAUGUUCUAGCUCCUAAAACGCCAAUCUCCACACAAGAAUACUUAGACGCUGGUAUUCCGUUCUACGCGAUAGAAGAGGACCCAGAUCAACGACUGGACGGGUCUAAAGUACUGGCUGGAGUGAAGAGCGUCAGUGCGAUGGACAGCCAUGUCGGGGUGCACGAUGGAACCAGCACCGACUUUGACCCGCUAAAGCCGAAGCGCUGUGCGACCUGUGCUGUGCGACUGUGCGAUUGCAUUGUUCGGCCUUGCAACCACCAGUUCUGCCAUAUGUGUAUCAAGGCAAUCACGGCGCCGGGGGCAAACACGAAAUCAGGCCACGAGCAGUGGCGCUGUCCGCUUUGCUCAAGCAGUAUCGCUCGCAUAGCAGGAUUUUCUGCACCAAUGAAUCUACCAGGGGAGGAAACAUUCAAAGUGGAUGUGCCUGUUGUCAUGUUGGAGGUCGAGGAUGGAAGAACGGCAUUUCAGUCGGUUAUGGAGAUGAGGCUGUAAGGAUGGGCGUUGUUACUUGAUCAGUUCUACAUUU